UUCCAUGAAAGCUAAAUGAUGGCGGCCUCAGAAGAACUGGAUAAGUAGACUCAGAAUCAUACAGUUUUCCAACUUUAUGCCGAGACAAAAUCUUCUAAUGAAAAUGAAACAAGAAAUUUCUGACAUGGUGUUUACCCUGGAAGGGAGAAUGGGAAUGCGGUGUCUGCUGCUCUCGCUUCUGCUCCUCGCAGCCUGGGAGGCAGGGAGCGGCCAGAUCCACUACUCGGUCCCCGAGGAGGCCAAACACGGCACCUUCGUGGGCCCCAUGGCGCAGGACCUGGGGCUGGAGCUGGCGGAGCUGGUGCCGCGCCUGUUCCGGGUGGCGUCCAAAAGCCGCGCGGACCUGCUGGAGGUAAAUCUGCAGAAUGGCGUUUUGUUUGUGAAUUCUCGGAUCGACCGGGAGGAGCUGUGCGGGCGGAGCGCGGAGUGCAGCAUCCACCUGGAGGUGAUCGUGGACAGGCCGCUGCAGGUUUUCCAUGUGGAGGUGGAAGUGAAGGACAUUAACGACAACCCGCCUGCAUUCCCCGCGACACAAAAGAGUCUGUUUAUCGCGGAAUCCAGGCCGCUUCACUCUCGGUUUCCACUAGAGGGCGCUUCCGAUGCAGAUAGCGGCGAGAACGCUCUGCUGACUUACAGACUGAGCCCCAAUGAGUACUUCACUCUGGACGUGCCAACCAACCACGCGCAGGUAAAACCUCUUGGACUUGUGUUAGGGAAACCUUUGGACAGGGAAGAAACUCCGGAGCUGCAUUUAUUGCUCACGGCCACCGAUGGAGGCAAGCCCGAGCUGACUGGCACUGUCGAGGUACUCGUCACAGUGCUGGACGCCAAUGACAAUGCCCCAGUUUUUGACAGAACACUCUAUACGGUGAAGUUACCAGAAAAUGUCUCUAUUGGAACGCUGGUGAUUAACCCCAAUGCCUCCGAUUUAGACGAAGGCUUGAAUGGGGAUAUUAUUUACUCAUUCUCUAGUGAUGUUUCUCCAGAAAUAAAAUCCAAGUUCCACAUUGACGCCAUAAGUGGGGAAAUUACGGUGAUAGGACUUAUUGAUUUCGAAGAAAGGAAAGCUCACAAAAUUCUAGUAGAGGCUAUCGACAAAGGCUUUCCACCACUGGCUGGUCAUUGUACAGUUCUUGUGGAAGUUGUGGACGCUAAUGACAAUGCUCCACAACUGAUUAUCACUUCCCUGUCUCUCCCUAUCUCAGAGGAUGCUCAGCCAGGCAGAGUAAUCACCUUGAUUAGUGUGUCCGACCGCGACUCAGAUGCUAAUGGGUUGGUGACCUGCUCCCUGACACCCCACGUCCCUUUCAAACUGGUGUCCACCUUCAAGAAUUACUAUUCGUUGGUAUUAGAUAGUGCUCUGGACCGCGAGAGCGUGUCACUUUAUAACUUGGUGGUGACAGCGCGGGACGGGGGCUCGCCUUCGCUGUGGGCCACGGCCAGCGUGUCCGUGGAGGUGGCCGACGUGAACGACAACGCGCCGGCGUUCGCGCAGCCCGAGUACACGGUGUUCGUGAAGGAGAACAACCCGCCCGGCUGCCACAUCUUCACGGUGUCGGCGCGGGACGCGGACGCGCAGGAGAACGCGCUGGUGUCCUACUCGCUGAGCGGCCAGGCGCCGAAGGCCUCCUCUCGGGCGUUGGCGGGCGCCCCGGGCCCGGAGGCUGCGCUGGUGGAUCUCAACGUGUAUCUGAUCGUCGCCAUCUGCGCGGUGUCCAGCCUGUUGGUGCUGACGCUGCUGCUGUACAUGGCACUGAGGUGCUCGGCGCCGCUCACAGAGAGCGCGAAUGGACAGGGGAAGGCCACUUUGGUGUGCUCCAGCGCGGUGGGGAGCUGGUCGUACUCGCAGCAGAAGAGGCAGAGAGUGUCGUCUGGGGAGGAGCCACCUAGGAGGGAUCUCAUGGCCUUCAGCCCCAGUCUCCCUCAGGGUCCCAGCUCUACAGAAAACACCUUCGUGGGCCGCAUCGCGCAGGACCUGGGGCUGGAGCUGGCGGAGCUGGUGCCGCGCCAGUUCCGGGUGGCGUCCAAAGGCAGAGAGGACAUUCUGGAGGUAAAUCUGCAGAAUGGCGUUUUGUUUGUGAAUUCUCGGAUCGACCGGGAGGAGCUGUGCGGGCGGAGCGCGGAGUGCAGCAUCCACCUGGAGGUGAUCGUGGACAGGCCGCUGCAGGUUUUCCAUGUGGAGGUGGAGGUGAAGGACAUUAACGACAACCCGCCGGUGUUCCCAGUAAAGGAACAAAAGCUGUUUGUUUCAGAAUCCAGAAUGCCAGAUUCGCGGUUUCCGCUAGAGGGCGCGUCGGAUGCGGAUAUUGGAGCUAACUCCGUUUUAACCUAUAGGCUUGGCUCUAAUGAUUACUUCAUGCUGGAUGUGAAAUCAAAGAACGAUGAGAAUAAACUGGUUGAGCUCGUAUUAAAAAAGUCUUUGGACAGAGAGGAAGUUUCUGAACAUAACUUAUUCCUGACGGCCACCGACGGAGGCAAACCUGAGCUCACUGGCGCUGUUCAGCUGCUGGUCACUGUGCUGGACGUGAACGACAAUGCUCCCAGUUUCGAACAGUCUGAAUAUGAAGUAAGAAUAUUCGAAAAUGCAGACAACGGGACAACACUUAUCAGACUGAAUGCUUCUGAUCGGGAUGAAGGUGCGAAUGGGGCAAUUUCAUACUCUUUUAAUAGCCUUGUUUCACCCACGGUCAUUGACCGGUUUAUUAUAGAUCCGAACACUGGAGAGGUAGCCAUUCAAGGGAAUUUGGAUUUUGAACAAGUGAAUUUAUAUAAAAUCCGCAUUGAUGCGACGGACAAAGGCCACCCUCCAAUGGUGGGUCAUUGCACGGUUUUAGUGAAAGUUUUGGAUAAAAAUGAUAACGUCCCUCAGAUUGCAUUGACUUCCUUAUCGCUGCCCGUCCGAGAGGACGCUCAGUUCGGUACUGUCAUUGCCCUAAUCAGCGUGUCCGACCUCGACUCAGGCGUCAACGGACACGUCACCUGCUCCCUAACACCUCACGUCCCCUUCAAGCUGGUUUCCACCUUCAAGAAUUACUAUUCACUGGUGCUGGACAGCACCCUGGACCGCGAGAGUGUGUCUGCCUAUGAGUUGGUGGUGACAGCGCGGGACGGGGGCUCGCCUUCGCUGUGGGCCACCGCCAGCGUGUCCGUGGAGGUGGCCGACGUGAACGACAACGCGCCGGCGUUCGCGCAGCCCGAGUACACGGUGUUCGUGAAGGAGAACAACCCGCCCGGCUGCCACAUCUUCACGGUGUCGGCGCGGGACGCGGACGCGCAGGAGAACGCGCUGGUGUCCUACUCGCUGGUGGAGCGGCGGGUGGGCGAGCGUGCGCUGUCGAGCUACGUGUCGGUGCACGCGGAGAGCGGCAAGGUGUACGCGCUGCAGCCGCUGGACCACGAGGAGCUGGAGCUGCUGCAGUUCCAGGUGAGCGCGCGCGACGCUGGCGUGCCGCCUCUGGGCAGCAACGUGACGCUGCAGGUGUUCGUGCUGGACGAGAACGACAAUGUGCCCGCGCUGCUGGCGUCUCGGGCUGGAGGCUCUGGCGGGGCGGUGAGCGAGCUGGUGCCGCGGUCGGUGGGCGCGGGCCACGUGGUGACGAAGGUGCGCGCGGUGGACGCCGACUCGGGCUACAACGCGUGGCUGUCGUACGAGCUGCAGCCGGCGGCGGGCGGUGCGCGCAGCCCGUUCCGCGUGGGGCUGUACACGGGCGAGAUCAGCACGACGCGCGCCCUGGACGAGGCGGACGCUCCGCUUCAGCGCCUGCUGGUGCUGGUGAAGGACCACGGCGAGCCGGCGCUGACGGCCACGGCCACCGUGCUGGUGUCGCUGGUGGAGAGCGGCCAGGCGCCGAAAGCCUCCUCUCGGGCGUUGGAGGGCGCCCCGGGCCCGGAGGCUACUCUGGUAGAUGUCAACGUGUAUCUGAUCGUCGCCAUCUGCGCUGUGUCCAGCCUGUUGGUGCUGACGCUGCUGGUGUACACGGCGCUGAGGUGCUCGGCGCCACCCACCGAUGUCGCGUGCGGACCUGGGAAGGCCACGCUGGUGUGCUCCAGCGCGGUGGGGAGCUGGUCGUACUCGCAGCAGAGGCGGCAGAGGGUGUGCUCUGGGGAGGGGCCGCCCAAGACCGACCUCAUGGCCUUUAGCCCCAGCCUUCCACCCUGUCCAGGAUCAGGGGAUGCAGUCGAAGAGCAAGAUUUAAAUGUGGAACAUGGUGUCAAAGUAAGUCCAUUUAUAUUUAGAAAU